CGCACUGGUUUGUAUAGAUAUCACUACCAUAUUAUUGAAUGUAGUUAUAAAAACAAUAUAACCUAAAAGUGACUUUGUAAAUCUUGUUUACUAAUUAUGCACAAUGAGAUAGUAGGUGUAGAUUACAUAAUUUACUUUCGCUUUGUGUAAAAUAUAUUAUCAUAUGACGCACAGUCACACAAAUAUGUCUAUAUUAAGUAUUAAUAAUCACCAGUGAUGUUAAAUUGAGACCAAAAAUCUUGUAAUACAGUGAAAAAUGUUAAUAAAGAUUGUAUUAGUGUCUAUGCUAGUGGUAGAAGGUUAUUGUGAAAGGAGGUUUAAACUGGAACAAGUUUUGAUACUGAGCAGGCAUAAUGUUCGAACUCCUUUGUCUAAAAACUUGUUUGAAUUUACUCCAAAGAAAUGGCCCAAGUGGAAAGAGAAAAGUGGUUAUUUGACAGCAAAAGGAGUCUUAUUAGAAGGAUAUAUGGGUGAAUAUUUCACAUCUUGGCUGCGUAAAGAAGAAUUGCUGAACAAAGAUUGCCCGAGUGAGCAAUCUUUCUUUGUUUAUGCGAAUACUGCUCAACGGACUCUAGCAUCUGCAGAAGCAUUCAUCUCCAAAGGCUUCCCUGACUGUAAUAUAACUAUACACCACACAUCUGAAAGCAAAGAUCCCAUUUUUAAUCCCGUGAUACAUAAUAAUUCAGCCAUAUUUAAAUUAGAGGCAUCGGAACAAAUGAAAAUGUUGCUUAAAUCUUUAAACCUAAACACUUCUUAUGAGGAUUUAGAAGCUAUACUCGAUUAUAAGCAAUCAAAUUAUUGUAUGAACGAGAAAAAGUGUGAUUUCACUAAAGAUAUGAAUAAAAUAUUUGUUAAUGUCGGUUUUAAACCAAAUCUCGAAGGUCCAUUGAAGAUAUCAAAAUCGGUCAUCGAUUCUUUUAUCAUGGAGAACUAUGAAGGGUUUCCGACUAAAGAGGUUGCUUGGGGACUGUUAACCAAUGAACAACAAUGGGAUUUAGUCUUAGAUUUAAGUAAAGGUUAUCACAGCGUUAUUUUUAACACAAGUCUAGUAGCCAGAGAUGUCGCAAGACCCUUACUAAAAUACAUUAGUCAUAUCAUGUUCGAAAAACAGUACAAAGUAGCAUUACUUAUGGGGCAUGAUGCUAAUAUUUACACAGUUCUCAAAAGCCUGGACGUUAAGCCUUUUAGUCUUAGAAACCAGUAUGAGAUGACACCUGCGGGUGGGAAGAUAGUUUUUCAGAAAUUAUUGGAUGUAAGUUCUGGUACCUUUUAUGUAAAGAUAGAUUAUGUAUACCAGUUUACUGAUCAGAUGAGAGAAGGUAGGAGGUUGUCUCUGGUGAACCCCCCAGAAUUUACCCCGUUACAGUUGGAGGGUUGCAAGUUGGAAGGGAACGGGUUCUGUCUAUGGGAUGAUUUUGUGAAAUUGUUGUAUGGUUUGGUUGAUAAUUAGUUAGUUACAUAAUUUUAACUUUAAUGGAGUUAAACAUUUAAAAAGAAUAAAAAUACAUAAAACAUAGUAUAAAAUAAAAAUAUUUUUUUAUUACUAUUUUUAUGCCUAGGCAAUUAGUGAUUUACAAGUUACCAUUUUAUUUUUUACAUAAUGAUUAUUACUUAUAUCUACAUAAUACAAUAUCUACAUACAUAAUACUCAUAAAUCUAGUGAUAUCUUAGUUUUAAGUUAUAGAAUUUAUAUUAAUAUGGUAGAUGCCAUUACCAAGUUACCAUUUUAUGUUAAACGUUCAAAUGAUUAAAAUACUUGUUGAAAAUA